GUUGACCACAGUGGGCGUGCACUCAUCACCACCAGAAUAGAGGAUGGACGGCCGGUGGAUGUUGAACUCAAACAAAUUCUCAUCUACUGCGACCCUUACAUAGUGGAGAUGGAAACAUGCUGUGAGAUACUGGAGCGAAAGUGUGAAGACCCGCAGACAUUUAAUGGCACCUCCCCCCCUACGGUUACAGCCCAACUCCCACAAAUGCUGUCUCAGCCAGCAGCCACACAGCCCAAGUGACAGAUGUCACUGCCCAGCUGAAAAGGGAGAAGUUGGAUCGGACAGACAGAAGGGGACGGAAGGGGAAAGGGGACCGACAGGUGACCCAGGGCCAGUUGAGCCAGUUGGUCCCAAAGGAGAAAAAGGACUCGAUGGACUGCCAGGCCGGCCAGGUGAAAGAGGCAAGGAGGGCAAGAGGGGCCGCAGGGGAAAGCCUGGUGAGCCUGGACCUGAAGGCAAACCUGGCGACAAGGGCGAGACUGGCGUCCCGGGAGAGAAGGGAGCGAAGGGAGACAGCGGAGAGCCUGGUCAGCCUGGUGCCGGGGGAGCCGAAGGGAUGAAAGGACAGAAAGGUGAUGGAGGCCCACCUGGUCCACCUGGUCCUGUGAUGACAUCUCAUGGAUUGAGGCAACUCUCUGAAACUGAUGAAACAGUGAAUGCACUGAAAGGAGAAAAGGGGGAUCGGGGCGAAAUUGGAUCACCAGGACCACAAGGCUUGAAGGGAAUCAUCGGGCUGCCGGGAUUGAAAGGAGACCAAGGUCCAGAGGGCAAGCAAGGACCCACUGGACUCCCAGGAGAGCCAGGCUCACCAGGGGACCAUGGAAGAAAUGGCCUAAAAGGAGAAAAGGGGGACUCGGGAACAGGGAUUGGACUGCCAGGACCCAAGGGUGAGCCUGGAGAGCCUGGAUAUGUGGGCGAUGGGCUGUCUUUAUCCAGAGGCUCUCGUGGCCCUAAGGGAGAACGAGGCGUCCCAGGACUGCCUGGAGAGCAUGGUGAAAAAGGCGAGCCUGGAGAGAGCAUCACAGGCAUGCCAGGCCCCAUGGGACCACCAGGGAGGCCAGGAAUGGAGGGUCUUCGUGGAACCCCAGGUUCGUCUGGGCCGGCUGGAACUCCGGGAAGAGAGGGCCCCCCAGGCAGACCAGGCCCCCCAGGCCCUGCAGGACCUCCAGGUGAACCGACCGCACUACCAAUCGUUGGAGAUAUGGGAGCUGCGCUCAAGAACGCCUGCAGUGUUUGCCAGAUGAGAGUCUCCGGGUUGACCGGGCAGAAGGGAGAGAAGGGCUUCCCCGGAGCGCAAGGACAUGAUGGCAUGGUGGGAGAAAAGGGGGAUCCAGGUAUAAGAGGUCCAAUGGGGAACCCUGGUAAAGAAGGCCCAAAGGGAGUGAAAGGAGAGCGAGGCUUUUUAGGCCCCAUGGGAGAUAAGGGUGAUGAGGGGUCUGCUGGAGUUCCUGGACUCCCUGGGGUUACAGGUCGCACCGGGGAGCCGGGUCUAAUGGGUCGGCCUGGUCCAGUGGGUCAGACAGGAACUAAAGGAGAUCAAGGAAACGAAGGGCCUCCUGGACGCCCUGGGCUUCCAGGACCUCCAGGUGCACCCUAUGUGGAGGGCAAUGGGAUGAGCGGCCUGUACAAGCUGCAGAGUGGUGGAGCUAUUUUAGGACCCCCCGGAGCUCCUGGUGCUCCGGGACCCAAAGGAGAUGAAGGACUUGCAGGGGAUCCGGGGCCUAUGGGAUUACCUGGGCUUGAAGGACUACCUGGUGCUAAGGGUGAUGUCGGUCUGCCUGGUCCACCUGGAACAUCAGGUCCUCUGGGGAAGCCCGGCCCACGGGGAGAACCAGGGAUCCCAGGAGAGCCGGGUGAGAGGGGGCCACUCGGAGAGACAGGAUUCCCGGGACCCGAGGGACCCCAAGGUGUUGCUGGCAGGCCUGGGAAGGAUGGAACUCCCGGAUACAAGGGAGAUUCAGGUAGAGCGGGUGACAGAGGAUCCAAAGGGGAACGAGGUGAUCCGGGAAUUCCCGGAGAGAGAGGUGUCCAGGGGGAAAGAGGACGUCCUGGAGAUGGUGGCCCCUCGGGACCGAGCGGACCUGUUGGCCAAAAAGGGGAUCCGGGCCCUCCGGGACAAUUGGGCGACACCUCCCUCAUGGAGGAACUGAAAAUGUUCAUCAGGACUGAAGUAUUAAGGAUCUUUGAAGAAAAGUUGUCGAGCUCUGCCCUGCUACAGAAGACACCUGCAGGCAUUUUAGCCUCACAGAUCCAAGGACCUUCAGGAGCCCCUGGCAAGGAUGGCUUACCAGGAGUGCCUGGACCUCCCGGUCCUCAAGGAUACAGGGGGCAAAAAGGAGAACGAGGUCAGCUUGGUCUUGGCCUGCUGGGAGAUCCAGGACCUAUGGGACCACCAGGCCCUCCUGGGACAGCUUCUCAGGGUCCUCCCGGCUCCCCGGGGCCAAGAGGACCCGCAGGGACGUGUGACCCCGGCGAUUGUGCACCCUUCGAGCCCGGCUCCAGCUUCGGCCAUCUCGCCCCCAGCUCCCUCCUCCAGCCAGGCGCAGUGCGCGGCAGGAAAGGCAGGACGCCAUGAUGGAUGCAGUAGGGGUCCUCUUGUGUGUGAGUGUGUGUGUGACAUUGCUAACAGGCUUCAUUUGACUGCAACAGAAACAUUUGUUCUUGUUUUUGCAAAGCUGUACUUUUAAGUUAUCGGUUGUUUUUACUCCCCUCCUUCCGGCUGUGAUGUAAUGCAUUCCUUGUCAUCUCUCAUUGCGUCUCUGAAGGCCGUGAAAUGACUUUGUUUAGACAUUUUCAGCCGCGUCUCAACAACAUGAUCUUAAUUAUU